AUGUCCCCCAUGACUCCCCAAGAAGACUCUGAGGAGGACAAGAAAACCAAGAGGUUUGGGGACAUCGUCGCCAAGUUCAUCAGCUCGACAACCCUUCACGGGAUACCUCAUAUUUCUGACACUUCCAAGUUUUAUAACGUCUUCUUUUGGAAAAAUGUCAUUUGGUCGUUGUGUGUGGCGGCAGGCUGCGCUAUGGCGGCAGGGUUUUUCCCACAAUUGGCCCCAGAAUACUACCGACUGAGGUACCGUAGAAUGUCCCCUGACGAACGCUGGGCACGGAGCCAUAACCUAGAUGAAAUGAUGGUUGGCUGUAAAUUUGGCAAUAAAGAUAUUGCACAUUUUAAGAGAUUAGUUCAUCAUAGGAAAGGAAGAAGAAAAAGAAACCCGACAACAAAGACCGGUGAGGAGUACGGUCUACAGCUGCUUCUUGACGUCCAACAAGAUCUGUACAUGCCGUACACAGAAGCCACUGGGGUCAGGAUCAUUCUACACUCACCUGAGGUCGCCGUGUUUCGAGAAGACACUGGCUUCAAAGUCCCCACAGGAUUUGAAUGCACUGCACCGAUAAAACGGUUAGACAUGUUGCCUUCCCAGGCAGAAUACCCGAUUUCGAUGGACGAAAAUCAAAAAGUCACAAGGCCCACCAGGCCCCAUGGAGGGUGUGAGGUCAUCUCGGACAGCGACAAUAAACAAAUGAACGCGCUCGCUCAGGACUACGGCUACUCCGCUCUAGCUUGUUCAAAGACUUGUCUUCAGCGCAACAUUCUCACUAAAUGCCACUGCUGCACCCCGGAAGUACCGUGCCCAUCUUCCCUCACUACGCUCGUCUUCGGAACCAACCAGUCCGAAGAAACGAUGCCGCCAAUUUGCGGACGAGAAAGUAAUGUCACAAUGAACUUUUGCUCGAUUCAAGUUAAAGGAAACUUUUUCUCCGAUCAGCUAGGUUGUACGGAAAUGUGUCCAGAGCUGUGCGAAGAAAUGUUCUAUGGAACUAACCCAUCUUUUGCUGUUUGGCCAGGUAAGGCAUAUCACAGUACUAUCGUGGAGAAACUGAAAAUAACCCAUGGAGCAGCUUUGACCAAACAAGAGCUCAACAGCAUCGUUGAGGACAGUCUUCUCAAAGUGGAUAUUUUCUACCCGUCCUUCGAAUACCAACAAUUCACGAUUUCGCCGAAAUACGACUGGAGCGUUCUGUUGUCCAACAUUGGUGGUUCUGUGAGCCUAUGGCUUGGAUUUUCAUUACUGACAGCUUUAGAGUUAGCGGAGCUGAUUCUCGAUUCGGUGUUAUUCGUUUUCAGCAAAGUAUUCAUGCCCAGAAAAUCUCAGAUCAACCCCAGAUAG